GUUCUACACUAAUCUUGUAGAAGUGCCAAACGGGCUGUGAUUUGUUUGGGUGGAGCUACUGUUCGAGGAGAGAAUAGCCAAUAUGGCGGAGAGUUUUGGUCGUCUUCAAGAAGAGCAUGUCAAAGAGAUUCAAGACACGCGCGGUAAAAUUCAGCAAUGGCAGAACUUCCUGCAGGACUAUGAUGCACUGCACGGUCGACUGCAAACACUGCCUGACAGCAUCACACAUGACGUGAUGGUACCGUUCGGCUCGAAGGCCUUCUUCCACGGUCAGCUGAUCCACACUAACGAAGUAUUGGUGCUUCUCGGCGACAACUGGUUUGUGGACCGAUCGGCUCGUCAAGCCCAGGAGAUUAUUGAUCGGCGGAGAAACCACUUACAGAGACUAAUUAGUGAUAAUGAGAAGGUUGUGGAAGAUCUUCAUCAGCGUAUGCGAGCUACUGCAGGAUUUGCAACCGGAAAUGAUGAGAGCGAUAUUCAGGAGAUCCGAGAAGAGCUAGAUGAGCAGGAUGACGAGCCAGCAAUAGAUGACCGGUCAUCUUCUGCGUCUUCCACGGCUCGUGAUCAGCCAGAUAGUUCUCUGGACAGUGACGCAGGUCCACGGCGCACACAUCGUGUCGCUCACACUCCCAAAACGGUGAACGGACGCGUCGCGCAUCCGCCUCGACGCGUCUUCCCCUCCCAGUCGGUAUCGUCCGCAUCGCCGUCAUCCUCGACGUCUUCCAGCAGCUCAGCAACACGCAACGGGAAAACACCGGCCGCCACUUCUUCUCCUGGUCAGAAGCCUUCGUUUGAAGAGCUCCUGUCGCGCCUGGAAGAAGCGGAAAAAAGCAACGCCAUACCCGCAUCCAAACAAAUUCCAAUGGGCACAGACUCAACGCAACGUGUUAAGUUCCAGCACUCUGCACCACCGUCGGCCAAGGAUCAGAAUGGAGGUGUGAUAGCUGGAAUCGGAUCACCUGCUGACAUCUAUGCACAGUUCAUGGAUGAGCAGAAGCAUCGGCACCAGAGCGGGCAACCGUCAACGCUGGAUCAAGUGCAAGACGACGACAGUGUGGUACUCGAUGGCUCGGCAGGCUUGGCGGCUCUGUCUCGGAUGAAGCUUCGCGACGCCGAUGAUGACGAUGAUGAUGACGAUCCCAGUGACGCUAACGGCAAUGUCAUUGAUGGAGACGAAGAGAAUGCGGCGCGUUCGAUUGAUUUAUCGCGGACACCGGAACGGUCCUCCUUGAAGAAGAAGAAGAACAAAGCGCCACGCGACGCCCGGGUGCGCUUCAACGAAGAACCGCAAGUGAAGGAGUUCUGCAAGUCCGACUCGGCUGGACCAGCGGAUCCGGUGGCAAUCUCGGAGGUGGGUAAUGUCGUGGGCAGUGUCAUGGAGCGCAAGACACCACAGUGUCAUCCCCCAGUGGGCCGUCUGUCGAUAGAUAUGGCCAUUGCAUCGGCCAAGGUCUGCCCUCCUCUGCCAACGUCCCCGCCGCCACCAGACCUUGACACCACGGUGCCUGCAUCGGCACCACCACCAUCAUCAUCCACACGUCCAAAGUCCAAGUUCCGAGCAGCUCGCCAAGCCAGCAUGUAAUCACUACUGCGAUAGUAAUGAACAACGGUGAUGCUUGAGUACCACCCAUACUGCCUGUGCUGCUGCUAGUGUUGAUUUGCACUACAGCAUAGCAUGCUGAUAGACUACUUCUACCUGUGACCAUGGUGGUGUACAGUAUGUUACCAGUAGGGAGUAGUGAAACACCGGCAUUUUACUACUCCUCAGUUACCAGCACUGGGUCGAUGCCUGGAUGUUCGCGUACAGUAUGUUAUCAGCACUGUGACCCUGCGUGGAUGCUAGCGUGGGCCUGUGCGCUGGCACUCAGUUUGGUCUCUACCCGGCACUGCACUCAGCCAGCCAGUCGUCUGCUGCCCAGCCGAAGGAAGCGGCCCUCCGUUCAGCCUGGCAUGUUACUGAUGUAGGUGCACCCAUACAUGUACAUCACAUUGUACACGAUUGUCCAGCGUGUAACAUUCCGUGUGCAUGCAUAAGCAGAGUCCCGCACUGUGUGUGCACAGGUAUGUCAGGGAGUUGCAGGGUCUAUACUUCUCCCUGAUGAAUGUGUACUAGCAGCAGCAGCCACCACAGUGUUGUCUGCUUCUGGUCACAAGCGACUGGCUGCUGUGGGGCUGACGGAGCAGCUUCAAAGCCGGUCGUAAACUGUGUUUAGUCUGCUGCCGGCUGUCCAACUCUAAAUAUUAUACCAAACACUAGAUUCUGGUGUUUCAAAGCCACUUUAUCAAACACUACAUUCUAGUGUUUCACAGCCACUUUGUGCACUUAUGCAACUACAUGUAUACAACAAUACAUCAUGUAGUGAACUAUAACUGCACAGGGUUUCUAUUUUCUAUGAGUAGUGAACUUUCUACACUAUGCACCAGUUUGAACCUUUUUUCAGUCACCAUGGUUUCUUGCGUCUACCUUAUUUAAUAGCUCGGCCUUUCUUUUCUCGGGCACACCAGUGGAAGGCUGUAUUUACUUGUAGUACCCACUGACACACAGCUCAACACAAGCGUAUAGCCUCCGGUGGUAACGCCGAUGUGCACACUUUUACUUUACUUGCCCACAGCUUCUACAGACCUGCCUCUA